CGUUGUCGGUUGCGAAAUUUUUAAUUAUUAAUCUGGGUAUAUCUGCGAAAUCCAAACAAUCCGGACUGUAAAGACACUACUUGUGUGGCGGUAGGAAGUGUGGAAAUUGUCUAUGUGUGGGUAUUUAGCGUGAGAAAGUCCGGAAACGUGUCCUGCUAUGACAACAGAGGCGGCUCUAAACGCCGAAAACUUCGCUUUGGGUAGCGGUGGUGAUGAGGAUGUAGUUUGCCCGACCUGCGAUGUCAAAAUUAAACGUGGCCUUGUGGCCGAACACUGUAAGAUAGAAAUGGAGCGAUUGCAUAGCAUGCAGCUGCGUUCCAACAAUUCCGCCGCAGCUACAUCGACUCUUGUUGAAACGACAACAAUAACACAAUCAAGUGAAGGCGGCGGAGAUGAUGGCGGCAGUCGGCGCAAGCCUUGGUGUGUGUUUCAGCGAAUCCAGCGGAAUCGACAAGCACGUCAGCGACAACGCACCCGCAAACGUCCUACAACGCCGACGGCCCCCUCAGCCGCAUCAACUGCAUCAAAGAGCACCGAACCCACCUGCCCAGUUUGCAACAAAAACUUUCCACAGUCUGAAAUUCAACGGCAUGUGAACCAAUGCUUGCGCAGUAGCCGACGCAAUGGUGUAACUAAUGGCCAACGCCAUUCCAGUGAUGACGACGAGGAUAGCGAUGAGUACGAGGAGUACGAGUGGGCAGGUCAAAAGCGUGUACGUGUCUCCACGCUGGUGCAGGGGGGAUACUCGUCUCUCAACUUAGGCCAGACCAUAAAGUACAAUGGCAGCCAACAGGCGACUAACGAUGAGGACGACGAAGAUCUCAAUGUGGACGAAGACGACACACACAUCUACGGGCCAACGCAAUACGGCGAAGAAGAUGUAAUAUCACUAACCAACGAGGACACUGACGGGGAUGUUUCGGAGGCAGAUGUGACCCGAUAUGUCCGGCAGCUGCUUUCGUCCAACGAAAUAAGCAAAACUAACCAUUCCAAUGGAGCGAACAACGUUCACCCAACGACUGAAGCGAUGGAAGAUUCAGAUUGUCACAGUCCCACGCCAUCCACAUCACAAGCACCUUCCACAUCACGUAGUAGCAAAUCCGCCCAGACUCAACAGCAAAUAAUUGAGUCCUUAAAGGCUAAGUUACGUCUAUACGAAAAGCAGGCGCAGAGCAAAUUCAAAUGCCUGAUUUGCAUCGAUGACUACAAAAAUCCCGCCAUUUCCGUUUCCUGCUGGCAUGUCCACUGCGAACAGUGCUGGUUGCAGACUCUAGGAGCUCGAAAAUUGUGUCCGCAAUGCAAUUCAAUUACAACGCCUAAGGAUUUGCGGCGCAUUUACCUGUAAGCGGUGACGCAUCAUAUGCUCACAGUAUUUGCAUUUAUGUAUUUUGUAACUUCCCAUCCUUUAAGAAGGUUUGGUAGUUGGCUAGCCCUUUAUUUUUCGUUGUAUUAUAUAAGUUAUUUUAAAUAUACAUUUAAUGAUGCUAUGAUUAUAACGUACGUGACAUAACAAUAAGAAG